CGCGCUUGGCGGCGGCGGAGCGGGAGCGGCCCGGGCGGGCGGACAUGGCCGAGGUUCCGCCGGGGCCUAGCAGCGUCCUGUCCCCGCAGGGGGACACGCUCUCCCCCUUCCCCGCGGGAGGAGGAGGAGGGGGCGCCGCUUCCUCCUCCUCCGCCGCCGCCACCGCCGCCUCCUAUGCCGCCGCCGCCGCCGCCUGCUCCGGCGCUCAGGACGAGGAGGCCGAAGAGGAGGAGGAGGAAGAGGAGGGACCCGCGGGCGGCCGGGAGCGGGAGCAGCAGCGAGCAGGAGGAGGAGGAGGAAGCGGCGACAAGGGGGCCCCGCAGCACCGGCACCACCACCGCCACCAGCACCACCCCCCGCACCACAACCACCAGCUCAACGGCCUCAUCAGCCCCGAGCUGCGGCACCUGCGGGCCUCCCUCAAGGGCAAGAUCCUGGGCGCGGAGGCCGCGGCGACCCCCGAGGGGCUGGAGAACAAGCGAGCCAGCAAAACAAUGGGCUCGGGACAGCAGCAGCAGCAGCCGCCCCCCCCCGCCGCCGCCCCCGCCGCUGCGCCCUGCUCGGCCCCCCACGCCAACCACCUCCCUCCCCAGGGAAGGACUGCACCCUCUCCUCCUCCUGCUGCUUCCCCCCCUGGGAAAGGGGACAGGAGCCAGCCUGCUGCCACCACCGCGACCGCCGUUGCUGCUGCUGCUAAGACUGCGGCCCGCAAUGGGCUGGCGGGAGAGACUGGCUUGGAGGAGGAAGAGCAGGAGGAGGGGGAUGAAGGAGGGGAGGAGGAGGAGGAGGAGUCCCUGCAGCUUCUCUCCGGGUCCUUAGCGGCUGCCUGCAGUUUGAAAGGCUCGGGAACGGACUGUCAGCCCGAGGAGGACCUAACGAUACGAUACGUCCAGUACGAGUCAGAGCUGCAGAUGCCCGAUAUCAUGAGACUGAUCACCAAAGAUCUGUCUGAACCCUACUCCAUUUACACUUAUAGGUAUUUUAUCCACAACUGGCCACAACUUUGCUUUUUGGCCAUGGUAGGGGAGGAGUGUGUAGGUGCCAUCGUCUGCAAGCUGGAUAUGCACAAAAAGAUGUUCCGCAGAGGUUAUAUAGCCAUGUUAGCAGUGGAUUCCAAAUACAGAAGAAAAGGAAUUGGUACAAACUUGGUUAAGAAAGCUAUUUAUGCCAUGGUUGAAGGAGAUUGUGACGAGGUAAGAUUUUCUGAAUCAAAAACUUUCCUAAU